GUUCACUGCAGUUCCUCUUCUAACGUUGGAUCGAAAGCCAUUUCAAGAAGAACAUGGCCUACUUGCUCCAUGCUCGACUGUUUCUGCUGACCACCUUCAUGCUAGUUCUGAACCUGUGCACUUACCCUGUGAUGAGUCACAUUCCGGGUGGCAUAGAGAAAUCUAGCAUGGAAGACGAAGGGGCCAGAGAAUCACUGAACUUUGCUGUCAGCCAGUACAAUGAAAACAACAGUGACUUGUACCUGAGCCGUGUGUUGGAAGUGAAGAAUGUCCAAAAGCAGGUGGUGGGUGGAACCAAAUUUUUCUUUGAUGUGAUCCUAGUCAAAACAAACUGUUUGAAGACCCAGGCUGACUUGACCAACUGUUCUGCCAAGGACCAGGCUGGUCAGCAGGAGCAUGAAUUCUGCUCUUUUGAGGUAUAUGACGCCCCCUGGGAAAAUGAUAUGGCCUUGAUAAGCUCCAGCUGUCACAAUAUAUAACUUAAUGUCAAGUGGGGCAGUGCAGGGUGCAGAUGUCUCUGCCAUUGCCUCAUCAAUCCAGUGGAUGACAUAUCCUUUAUGAAUGCUUACCAGUACCAACAUCUGCAGUUGAUUAGACUGCUGAGAAUAUAGCGCCCAAGUAUCUUUCCCUUUAUCUUUUUUUCUGAAAAUGCCCACAUUUGCUUGUCCUUUUCUUGCUCAAUAAAAUGUUCAAGAGCUA